AUGACUUCUUUCAACUUCUUUCCCCUUCUUUUUAUUUUCUCUCUUUUGGGUUCUUCUCUUCUUAUUCCAAUCAUGUCUAUUGGCGUUGGAAUAAACUACGGUCAGAUCGCAGACAAUCUCCCGUCUCAUGACCGUGUAGCUGUACUUCUUAAAAGUCUUAACAUCACAAGAGUGAAGCUCUAUGAUUCCGAUCCUAACGUAUUGCGAGCGUUUGCAAAUUCGGAUGUUGAAUUCAUUCUCGGACUUGGAGGUGAACAACUUCAGAAUAUGGCUGAUUUGGGGAAAGCUCAAGAUUGGAUUCAACAGAAUGUUGUACCGUUCAUAUCACAAACAAAGAUCACCAGCAUUAUAGUUGGCAAUGAAGUAUUAGCUGGUAAUGAUGAACAGGCAAUAACUUAUCUCUAUCCAGCUAUGCAAACUGUUUAUAAUGCCCUAGUUAAUCUCGGUCUUAGCAAACAAGUUUACGUCACAACUGCACAUUCUCUAGCCAUCUUAGCCAAUUCAUUCCCUCCUUCCUCCGGUAGUUUCAAGCCAGAUCUUGCUCAAUAUCUUCAACCAAUUCUCAACUUUCAUGCACAAGUUAAAUCCCCUUUUCUAAUUAAUGUAUACCCAUAUUUUGCUUAUAAAGAUAGUCCUAGUCAAAUUCCACUUAAUUAUGUUCUCUUCGAACCCAAUUCAGGAUCUGUUGAUCCUGUAACUAAUCUGCAUUAUGAUAACAUGUUGUUUGCACAAAUUGAUGCUGUUUAUUCCGCAAUUCGAGCAAUGGGUCAUACUGAUGUUCAAGUUAAGAUUUCUGAAACUGGCUGGCCUUCUAAAGGUGAUCAGAAUGAGGUUGGAGCUUCUGUUGAGAAUGCAGGAAUUUAUAAUGCCAAUUUGUUGAAACGAAUUCAGGAGAAUCAAGCUACUCCAGCUAACCCAUCAAUUCCAAUUGAUGUAUAUGUAUUCGCUCUCUUUAAUGAGAAUCUCAAACCUGGUCCGACAUCAGAGAGGAAUUAUGGUUUGUAUUAUCCAGAUGGUAGACCUGUUUAUGAUGUUGGAUUGCAGGGAAUUCUACCACCUUCCAUAUCUUCAUCUUCUGGUAUUUAUGUAAGUAGUAUAAUCAAUUUUAUUACUCUUAUAUUUAUAGCUCAUAAUUUUACUGAUUCCGUUUAUCUUUACUGUCUUAAAUUUAACUUGCAGGCACUACCAAUUUUGAUAGUUACCAUGGUGCAAUGGAUAAUCAUAUGUUUGCUUAACUAA